AUGUUAAAAUUUUGUUCACAGUUUCUAAUAGAUCUCUUCAAAGUCCAAUCUCAAGCUGAACAACAAAUAAUAAAUGAGAAAGUCAAAGUUGAACAAAUUCCAAGACAAAUAAUAAUAGCACAAGACGCUCAUCCUUUAUUACCAACGGAAUGUAUGCAACAAAUAUUUAAAUAUGUCAAUGUUCAAGAAAAUGGACUUUAUUCCUGUCUUUUCGUUAAUAAAUAUUGGUGUAAAAAUGUACUUCCAUUACUUUGGGCUUCCCCUUUUCGAAAUUCAUAUAUUAUAGGUUGUUGGGCAACCGUAAAUUCAUAUUCAAAGAGCACCCUAUCUAAAGAGGCCCUUAGGCAACUUAAUAAAUACAAAUUUAUAGAAACUUGUAUUUCUUGCUUGGAUAAUCAAGAAUUUUCUUACCUAAAUUCUUUAUUUCAAAAUUACUAUUCAAUUAACCUCUCAUCCGGAAAGAAACCUUUAAUUAAUUAUCCUAGUUUUUUACAAGAACUUUUUUAUGACGACUUUGAGAGUACAAUUCAUUCAUAUUUAAUGAACAAAUUUGGAGUUAAGUAUAAAGAACAACAAGUUCUUGUCAUUGCAACUUAUUUAAUGAAAUUAUUUCUUUCUGAAUCAACGAAUCUUCGAAUAAUAAACUUUAAUAGACAUCAAAAUUUUCAUAAAUUAGAUAUGCCCAAUUUAUUACUAGGAAAAAAAUCAACAAAAAAUUCCUUCUUAACGUUAGAUAGGUUG